CAAGGCUGUUGGCAAAGCAUUCAAGGUGAAGCUGGUUUCUACAAUGUAGAAAAUAGUAAAAAAAAUAAGUAAAUAAAAACUCUUGAGUAGGUGUCCAAACUUUUGACUGGUACUGUAUAUCCAUGCUGUCUCUUUUCACUUAAACGCAUUGUAAGGACUGCAUGAACACUCUUAGAAACAAAAGGUGCUGUCUAGAACCUCAAAAGGGUUCCCAAAAGGGUUCUACCUGGAACCAAAAAGGGUUCUCCUAUGAGGAGUCGAAGAACCCUUUUGAAAACCUUUUUUCUAAGAGUGUAGGGGUGAUCUACAGCUUUCCCCUUGUCAACACUCUUGGCUCAUUGUUGCAACCUCCUUGUCCUACUGUAAGUAUUUGAGUGCAUCUCAAUAAGAGGUGUCCUCUUGUCAUUUUGAGGGAGGCUUUACUGAGGAACCAGCUCUCAGCUGUCCACUUUUGUCAGUUUGUGGUGAAAUCUCAGAUCUCAUCCUAGAGUGAAAUGAAGGACAGUAGACGACGAGUUUUUUGAACCCACUGUAACCCUCUGUUAACCUUGUGUCUGUAUUUUGUCUGUACAUUGUCUAUUGCUGGUAGCACCUAUUCACUAAGUCAAAUUCCAGGUUUCUGUAAAUGGACUGGGCAAAUAAAGUGAUUGUGAUUGUCUGUCUCUCUGUCAGUGUGAGUUGGUGGCUGAGCUUUUCCAGCAGGGGGCACUCUGUCCCUGUCAGGUGGGAAGUCCUCUCUGCCCAACCGCAGUCUGUGCUCUGGCCCUGGAAAGAUAUUUCACAGGGAUCACAAACUGUGGGCUUCCAGGUACUGUGUCUCCCCCUGCUGUGGCCAGGCAACAAUACAGCCAGUAUCUACACCUAUUAUUGAAAUGUAUCUUCAUUUCCAGUUUUUUUUCAGUUGACAGAAUGUAUUUGUUUGCUGCAAUAUAAUGUCUGUAUUGCUGUUCUGUGCACUCUGGGACAGGAGUGAGAGUUUCUGUGUUCCUUCAUGUUUCUCUAUGUAUUUAAUAUAUGUUGAAUAUUGUACCUGUCCUGUACCUAAGUUGAUGAAAAACACGCAAGGUCUCAGACUAUUUGUACUCACUUUGUGAAACUCUGUCUCCCUCCUAACUCGAACAUCUUGGUUCCAGGUGGACCUAUGCAGAGUUCUUUAUCUGGUACCGGGUGUUGCUGCUGGGUGGGGUUCAGACCCAGUAACAGAUUCAGCCGUCGUGCCAGCGGGCCCUGCUGGAGAUCAUCCCAGACCUGGAGCAGUACUGCUUUGUAAAGACCAGGGUGUUCUGGAUGGGGCAGGUAGCUCUGCUGGAGAGGCUGAGGGCAGAGAGGCUGAGGGCUGUGGGGAUAAUCAUCCAGAGCUGGGUCAGAGGCUGGCUGGGCCACAGGACAUGCAUCAAGACCCACUUGGGCAACACUCACCAUCCAGAGACACACCGGAGGAGCCCUGGCCAGGCGGUGGUGGCAGAGCGGGCAGCGGUGCGUGGCUGGCUGGCCCGGCAGGCGUACAGGCGGGUAAGGGCAGACAUGGUGCUGAUGCAGCGCUGUGUGAGGCGGCGGGCAGCCACGAGAGAGCUGGUGAAGCUGAAGGCAGAGGACCGCUCGGUGGAGAAGUUCAGAGAACUCAACAAGGGCAUGGCGGUCAAAAGGACGCAGCUGCAGCUCAGGGCCGACCAGGAGAUCAGAGAUAGCAGUGCUCUGAGAGAGACCCUCCAGGCGGAGCAUAAGGCCCACAGCUCUGAGCUGGACACCUGUGGUGGGCGCUAGUUAAACUGGAGAACCAGCUAGAGACACAGCUCCAGGCCCAGCAGUCCCAUCCCAGCCCCUCCGUCACAAAGAAAGAGAUAGAUAAGAGGGGGGGGCAGAGGACAAAGCAACCCAGGAGAUUCUACGACUCACACAGUAGGUGAAGGCCCUGCCCUGCAGGUAGAGAGGGACUCUUUGGGGAAAGAGAAGGAGGAUCUGAGCACUCGCUUACUGAAGCAGGGGAAGGCUCAGGAGGGCAGUAUUCAUAAUUGCUAUAUGUUCUGAUUUAAUGUGUGUAUCUACAUUUGUCUGUAAUCGUAUGUGUGUGCGUGUAUAUAUAUAUAUAUAUAUAUAUAUAUAUAUAUAUAUAGGUGGCCAAGGCAGGUAAAGCUCUGACAGCUGAGCUGCAUGAGGAGGAAGUACCAGGACUUGCUCAGAGAGUUCACCAGGCUGGAGCAGAGGUACAACAACCUCAGAGAGAUGAGCAUGUUCACUGAGGUAGUCAUAUCCAACUCCCUUUUCCACUAGCUUGGGUGCCAACGUGAGGCAUAAAUGUAGCAUUAUAGAGUGAUACCCAGGCUAUAAUAUUCAACUUCUAAAAAAAUAAGUAUAUUUUUCUGUUACCACUGCAGCGUACUAAGGGCCACAGAUGGACAGAUUCAAACCAGAGCCUGAUCCUGGAGCCCCCAUCCCCAUCUCUGUCCCCAUUGUCGUCCCCCUUUUCCGGUCUCCCAGCCUUCCCGGUCACACCUUUCUUCUUCGGCCUUCCUGCCCUCCCCUCUCCAGAGGAGCUGAGCAGGGUUAGCGUGACGUCCCCCACCACAGAGAGGCUGGCCUGGCUCAGCUGGGAAGAUGACAAGAGAAGAUCUGGGGCACGCCUAUGAUGCUGUAUGAGUGCCCAACAAGUCAGUCCCUGUUUCCUGAUCAAUACCGUCACAGCAAUAAAUAUAUUUUAUUGUGACAUACACCGGAUAGGUGCAGUGAAAUGUGUUGUUUUACAGGGUCAGUCAUAGUAGUACGGCCCCCUGGAGAAAAUUAGGGUUAAGUGCACAUCGACAUAUUUCUCACCUUGUCGGCUCGGGUAUACGAACCAGCAAUGUUUUGGUUACUGGCCCAACGCUCUAACCGCCAGGCUACCUGCCACCCUUUAUACAUUUACAUUUUGUUACCAAUAAACUAAUGCAGAUAGAUUCUACCCCCUGUCUGUGUGUACCUGUCAGGUUCCUGGAGAGCCAGCUGCGGAGCCAGCACUCUCAGGAGGAGGCGGAGUUGGAAGCCCUGAGGCUGCAGGUUAAACUGACCUGCUCUGAACCCUCCUCCACUGCACACCAGCAGAUUGUGAAGACUCUGGCCCUGUACACCCCUCACAGUGACCUAGAGGGUCUGCUGAAGGAGCGUUGCUGAUGGACGUACAGCGUGUGUUCACCCAGACCGUCCGCUCUGACCAGCUGGACAUCCCAGACUCCGUUAAGAUGUGUUUCCUGCAACGGGCCUGAGAGGAAGCAGUAGUUAUACAGGUCUUUCACUGUGGAUUACAAGUCUUGGUACUGCUGCAGAAGUCUUUUCUCUGCAGGAUAUAUAGUAUAUCAAAGUAAUACGUGAGUAAUGUGUGUGUGUAAUUGUCUUAUUUUGCAUUACUCCUAUCAGUAGCACAUGUACAAUCACAAUAUUACUGUUCUUAAUGAGCUAUUAGAAUGCUCAUAUGGAUUUUAUUCUUAUCUGUUUCAUAGUAUUGAUUUUUGACAGACAUUUCCUUAUCUGUACUAAGAUUACAGUAUUGCCUAUCUGCUACUAGACAUUUCCUAAUUGGAGGCAUCCCACCUUCCUCAAUGCCUACCUACGUGUACAUUGGAAAUGUGUGCUUAAUACAUUUAGAAAUUGGUAAUAUGUUCCAGAUAUCAGAAUACAUUAUUAUAAUUAUACAAAUGUAAACACAAUAGUGUAAAUAUGUUUCUCACUCUGAUCCAAAUGGACACUAUGAAAAUGAGAGAUUCUCUCUUAACAUUUUAUUGGAAGCAGAAACGCCCCCCCCCCCCCCCCCCACACA